AUGGAUACUUUAACACUCUGUAACUUCAAAUGCAGCGAGUAUCAACUGGAGACAUGGAUUAUGACCGCCAUCGUGCGUGGUAUCCGGAAUCUUUAUCUUGAACUUAAAUUAGAUACAAUCCCUCGAUCCUUCUUCAACUGCAAAACUAUUGUCGACUUGAAGAUUGAUAACAAUAGAGCCCCACUCUCUGCUGUGGACAAUGUCUAUCUGCCUAGCCUCAAGAAGUUUUAUGUUUUUAAUGUUGUGUGUGAGAAUGAUGAUGCGCUUCCACGCUUUCUUUCCGGCUGUCCGUCGCUUGAGGAGUUGAAUAUGAAAUUCACGUUUGUGGACGAACAUGAUUAUGUGGACUGCAUAAAUAUAUCAUCACCCACAAUGAAGACGCUUGAGCUCGAUAUUGACCGUUCUUCUGGAUCUAACAUUGAAUAUAGGAUUACAAUAAAUGCCCCGGCACUUAGGUAUCUCCAAGUGGAUGAGUAUGCUUUGGAGUGUAUAACAAUUCCUAUAACCAUGAUCUCCUUAGUUGAGGCGGAAAUCCAAUUAGAAAAUAAUUCGCUCUUACAUCUUAAAGCGAAUUACAAUUCCACGGUGGUGAAGUUUCUUCAUUCUCUGCGUUAUGUAAAGUGCCUAAUGAUAUCAGUUUGGGAAUUUGAGGAAGUAUGUUUUGAUUCUUCAGUCUCUUAG